UAACGAAAAUACCACUGCAGUACCUUGGAGAACAAGACAAAAUAUAACUAACUUGAUCAAGGGGCUCCGUUUUCGUGUUAUAUAAUUCUCUACUCCAUUAUAUUCAUCUCAAAUUCAUUCCAUCAUUCUUCACAAAUCCAAUUUUCAUUUUUCAUAUCUCCGCGUUAUUGAUUCGAAUAGCUCUAGCAAUAUGAACAUUGCAAAAGCAAGCUCCAUGAACAAGCUUCGUCUGCUGAUGAAUCACCAGCUUCAUUCACAACAUAGCAGAGCAAUCUCUACUGCAACUUCUUCUCUGAUUACGAAGCAAAACUCCAAUCAGCUACCGCCACGUCAACGUUCCCCUUCCUUCCCUUCCACUCCCGUUCGCACUUUUUUCAGUUCCAACGAUCCAUAUGCCAAGUA